AUGACACCAUUAUCAAAGGACGAAUUACAAAAGAUUCUUGAAGACGGGAAAGAUUCGAACUUAACAGUUGAUGAUCUUGCAAAGUUUAUAAACGUACUUAUGAGCAAUAAACCGUUUUUAAAUUCUUCGGUAAACACAACAAGAAAACUUUUAAUUGAUGAGACGAAUUACACUCAAAGCGACAAUUGUUCUGAAUAUUGUGAUGGCCGCAUGAGAAAUUUCUUCAAUGAAUAUAAAAAUUAUCAUGGGUACAUAACUUUAAUUGUAAGGCUUGCAGUCUGCGACAUGUUUGUGAUGAUUGAAUAUAUUCCUUUUACAUGGCAUAUGUAUCUAGCUACGGAUGAAGAAUCAAUAUUUGGAACCUUUCGAAACAUUUCAGGCAAGCCCGAUUCCAGCUACAGUUGGGCACUUUAUUUACUAUUUCAUAGCCAUUUUUCACAAAUUCUCCACACAAUUUCAAUUCUACUGACAGUGAGUUUGGCUGUUUGGCGCUAUAUAGCAAUCAAACAUCCACAUGGAAGUUUGGGGUUCUGUAUUCAGAACCAUUAUGCAGCCGCAAUUCUUUUUGCUUUCAUUUUGUCUCCAAUACUCUGUUUUCCAACUUUUUUCGUGUUUGGCAUAAAAAAGAUUGAAGAUGACAAUGAAUUUAUAUAUCAUUUAGAUGCGAAUGAAGAUUCAGAGCUUUUCAGAAUAAAUUUUUGGAUACACUCAGUCAUAAUAAAAUUAUUGCCAUGCUUCAUCUUGACGAUAAUAAGCAUCAUACUUAUCGAUGUUUUGUGCCGUGCAAAUAAGAGAAAACUGAAGCUUAAAGGACCAUCGAGAAUCGAUCGUAGGACGGAUAGGACUACAAUGCUUUUAGUUGCUGUUCUUCUACUUUUUUUAAUAACAGAAUUUCCUCAGGGGAUAUUCGGACUUCUCAGUGGAAUAUUGGGAAAGCGAUGCUACAUUCUAGUUGGUGAAACAAUGGACCUUUUAGCUUUAAUAAAUGCUGCCAUAGGCUUUGUGUUAUACGGAAGCAUGUCAAAACAAUUCCGAAUGACUUUUAAAUCACUUUUUUUUAAGGAACGUUCUCAAAAAAUUGAGUUGACUAGAAUGACUAACAUUAAUAAUACAACAACCAACGUUUACGUCUGA